GCUAGAACUGAGGCCUUUCUUUAGGAUCCAGGGUCUAGGCCUUCCAACAGGAAAUAAGAUCAAGGAGCCAGGAGCCAGGCCUUUUACCAUAAGUCAAGAGUCAUGACCUAAGAGACAGGAGAUAGGUCUUCCACCAGGAGCCAGGACCCAGACUUCAGGAGACUGAACCAGGAGGUCCACUAAAAGGCUCCUUUUUUGGAACUGAGUCUAUUAGGAAGAAGACUGGUUACUAUCAUGUUCAGGACAGUGGUACAGACCCAAAGGCACAUGUUUCUUCCAGUGGUCCCUUUUUCAGUGAGAAUGAGAAGUGCUGAAACAAACAGAAAGGGAGUUCUGGCUGAUAAAGUGGCUCUGAUCACAGGUUCCACAGAAGGGAUUGGUUUUGCCAUUGCACAACGUCUUGCCCGAGAUGGGGCCCAUGUGAUUGUGAGCAGCCGAAAACAACAGAAUGUAGAUCAUGCCGUUGAAAAACUUCAGAGAGAGGGAUUGAGUGCUUCAGGAACUGUGUGCCAUGUGGGACAUGAAGAAGACUGUAAGAAGCUAGUGUCCAUGGCUUCUGAAAAAUAUGGGUUUAUCAACUUCCUGGUUUGUGUGGCAGGUGUCAACCCUUUGGCUUGGAGCACACUGGGUGCCAGCGAAGAAAUGUGGGACAAGAUAAUGGAUAUUAAUGUUAAAGCACCAGCCCGUCUUGUGAAGCUGGCUUUACCAUACAUGGUGACUCUAGAGGAAAAGGAGGAACAAGACAUUUUGGCAAAAGCAGAUCCUAGAGCAAGUGCUGUGGUUUUUGUUUCCUCUAUGGUAGCCUAUGUUCCCGAGGCAUCUCUGGGUUUCUACAAUGUCAGUAAGACAGCCCUACUGGGGCUCACCAAAACCUUGUCUUUGGAGCUUGCACCAAAGGGCAUCCGAGUGAACUGCCUGGCACCAGGAAUAAUCAAGACCAACUUCAGCCAAGUACUCUGGAAGGACAAAAACUUUCUACAGAAUUUCAUGAAACAACAUGGAUUGACAAGGUUGGGGAAUCCAGAGGAAUGUGCUGGAGUUGUGUCCUUCCUGUGUUCUCCAGACUCCAGUUAUAUUACAGGAGAAACUAUUGUGGUAUCGGGUUUUUCUCCACGACUCUAAUAAUGUAUGGCCAAAGAUCUAAAUCUUCCAACCAUAGUCCUGUGUAAUAGCAGGCCUUUUUUGGGAACCAGGAAAAUUU